AUGUCGCGACCUUCACAGCAAACAAGUUGCAAUGUUUCCCUCUCUUCCCUCCAGAAGGCUGACAGCAGCCCCCAACCCCUUACAUGCUGCGAAGCUGUUCGUUUUCUCACUCUUUGCCCUUCGCUUUCCUCUUCUGAUGUUUCUGUUUUUCAGAUCGUGCGGUUGCGAGAUCGAGCGAACUAUCCAGACCUCCUUGACCUUUCCUCAGAGGUCUUGUUCGAGAUCACUCGUUACACAACGAACAGUGACCUCUUCUCGUUUGCUCAACUGCAUCCUCGCCUGGAGGCUAUCUGCCUCGGGGCUUUCAUCAAGCGCACCAAAGUAAUCGAGUAUGGCGAAUCAGUCACCGUUUCACCCAGCGACACUUUACUGCAGCUAUCAGCCGGGAUAGACCACCUUCUGUGGAUGGUUUUGGCAAGCAAUAAACGAUGUCGUCUCUGCCUAGAAUCAUUGCACUUGAUACGAUAUAAGCCAGAGGUCGAACAAAUUGUCAAGGGCAUAUCUUCGUUUCUUUCCGUUGAGAUUCGGUUUCCCGGGGAAGACAAGCAGACCAAGGAGGAAAUGAAACGACUUCACCACGCGGUCUUGCAGGUGCUCACGCUCUUGGGAUCUUGCGACGAAGUACGAAUCGUACCGUCAGAUGUAUCUUUCCCACAGGAGCUAGAAGAAGAGGCUUCUACCAUUCCUUCACCGUCGUUUGUUUCUCCGCCCUCACAUUCGGAAGGUUUCUCCGACUAUAUUUUAUCCCCAGAACUGGAGGGAAGGUUUUCUACCUUUCCUUUCACAUCCCUUCCUUCUCCGCCCUCAGACCAUGGAAUUUUCCGCGAAGAUUUAUCCGAAUACAUGCCCCAUCUCCAACAGGUGAUGAAUGGAGUCCAGAAACUGCACAUCAUCUCGGGAUUAUUUGGAGAGCGCAACAUAACUGGGCUGCUGCGAGAGAUCUGGCCCUUCCUAUUACGAGGCCAGGCUAUGCAAUCAUUGCUUCUGGUUUUUGGUACCCCAGAUUUUUUUCGCGACAUCGAGCCGCUUAUUGACUUUCCCGGGCUGGAAUCCUUUGAGCUUUUCAUGAGCAUUCCAAUGAUGUUGAUCUCGCCUGAAUUUUUUGCCAGGCACCCCGCCCUCCGCCGUCUGUCUCUGAAUUCUUUUGAGGAUGACCCCCCAAUAGAAAAUAACCCGCUUCAGGUCCUCCCUCCAUUGAAGUAUCUACAUCUUUCUGCAAACUAUCGUUCGUGGAAAUUGAUGGAUCCUGCAUCUUUAAAUGAGCUGCAUUUUGAUCUUAAUGGCGAUUUUGUCGAUUUUUGCUCAUCCGUUGACUCGCUCUCACGGCCUUUACAAACACUGGUCGCCCAGAAUUUCGCAGGACAGGUCACCAUACAGAUUCCACCGCUCACACAUAUCUCAAUUGAGCACUUUACAUCAUCCGGAUGCAAGUGCUUCAUAUCGGGACCAAUUUUGAAAAUCCAUACUCUUGUCGUUGAAAGCCUCGCUGAUCUUUCCACCCAUACUAUUAUCGCCUUUCUUACAUCAUGGCUCAAAAUGUUCCCGGACCUUCAGAGGCUGACUGUUAAGUCUGAGCUCUGCGACCUCGAAGAAAUCGAUCUGAACAGGUUCCUCACCUCCUUAAGGACAUCCUCACACAAGCUACGCCAGUUUUCGUGCGCAUUGGGGGACUGGAAGCGGGAGAACUACGGGAGGUGGUAUAAAGAAUUACGGAAGGUGGUAUAA